AUGUUUUUCAGGCUCCACGGAGUCUCUUUAAAGCCGCUCUUUCGCUCCCUGACUCAUCUUCUUCUGACCCGGAGAUCCAGAAAACUGACCCCCAGAAUGGCCUUCCAGUACCCGCAGGCUUACCGCGACGGAGCGGUGGUGAGUGGACGGAGUUAGCUCUGUUAGCCUCGCCCUGUUAACCUAGCUUUAUUAGCCUAGCUGUGUUAGCCUAGCUCCAUUAGCCUAGCCCUGUUGGCCUGGCUCUGUUAGCCUAGCUUUGUUAGCCUAGCUCUAUUAGCCUAGCUCUGUUAGCCUAGCUUAAUCCUGAUCUUCAUUCAUUGGCAGCAGCUUCUGCUUUGUUAGCAUGCUAGGUAGCUUAGCCGGGUUUGACAACACAGACAGAUUCGGAACUUUGGACCGGGUUUAUCUGAAGACAAGGUUUAUAUCAGCUGUGAACAGAGCUGAAGGGGGUCCAGUUUAACACCAGCAGGUUCUGGUUCUGGUUCAGGUUCUGAGUCGUUGCUGACUCAGUGUUUUCUUCCUUCCUGUCUCACCUGUCUCAGGUGGACGACUACCAUGGAUGUAAAGUCCCGGAUCCUUACAGCUGGCUGGAGGACCCUGACAGUGAGAAGACUCAGGUAAACAUGGGUCCAUGUCAGACCUGGUCCCUCAGAUGUUGGACCUGAAAGGUUCUGGUGGUUCUCCUGCUUUGACUAAUCAAACUGACACAUGUGGACAAAAUUGUUGGUACCCUUCAAUUAAUGUAAGAAAAACUCCCAAUGGUCACAGAAAUCAUUUAAAUCUGACAAAAGUAAAAAUAAAUAAAAAUUCUAAAAAAAAAUGAACAAAUGAAAAUCUGACAUUGAUUUUGAACCGUGCUUCAACAGAAUUAUAAAAAAAAAAAAAUAAACUCAUUAAACAGGUCUGGACAAAAAUGAUGGUACCCCCAGAAAAGAUUGAAAAUAAUGAAGCGAAGGAAGGAAUGCGUUGUCUCAAGAGGUUAGAAAUAAAAUUAUAGACAAACAUGUUAAAGGUAAAGACUGUAAGACCAUCUCCAAGCAGCUCGAUGUUCCUGUGACUUCAGUUACACUUAUUAUUCAGAGCUUUAAGAUUCAAGGUGAACUUCAAGCUCAAGGAACAUCAGAGUCAGAUCACGCCAUCCGUCGUAGUUUGAGUUAAAGUGGACUUAAUGGGAGAUGACCAGGGAGGAAACUAUUGUUGAAAAGAAAUCAUAAAAAAGACAGACCUGACUUCACCAGACUACAUGUUGACGAGCUACAGAGUUUCUGGGAGAAUGUCCGAUGGACAGAUUAAGGGUACCAACAAUUUUGUCCACGUGUCUAAGUCCACUCUCACUGUGUCCUCUUCCCCCAGGCCUUCGUCAGCGCUCAGAACCAGCUGACCCUGCCGUUUUUAGAGCAGUGUAAGGUUCGAGACCUGUUCAAGGAGCGCAUGACGGAGCUCUACGACUACCCCAAGUACAGCUGUCCCUUCAAGAGAGGGACCAGGUGAGGACAGACGGAGUCCUGUGUCUCUCUAGGUCGACAUGUGUGUUUGAGGUUCUUGUGGAGACGCUUUACCCGCUCCUCCUUUUCCUCCAGGUACUUUCACUUCUAUAACACGGGCCUCCAGAACCAGAGCGUGAUGUACGUGCAGGAGAAUCUGGACGCUGAACCCACGGUCUUUCUGGAUCCAAACACAUUUUCAGACGAUGGGACGGUGGCUCUGCGAGGUGAAUGAUUUUUGUAAAAGCAAAACCGUUUAUUUGGUUUUCUUAACUCUCAGUUCCUGUUCAUUUGAAGCUCCAUCCAGCCUCCUUCGUCCCCAAAACAGACAUGCAGAAAAGUGUUCAUAAAAUAAUCGUUUUUAAAAACAUUUUUACUUUGAUGUGCCGUUCCUCCUCUGAUUUUUAAGGUUAUGCGUUCUCUGAGGACGGGGAGUACCUGGCGUACGGUACCAGUGCCAGUGGGUCCGACUGGGUGGAGAUCCGCUUCCUGCGAGUGGAAGACGCCACGCCUCUUGAGGACCGCUUGGAGCGAGUCAAGUUCAGCUGCAUGUCCUGGACUCAUGAUGGGAAAGGACUUUUCUAUAACUCGUACCCUGACCAGGAGGGAAAGAGCGACGGUGAGGACCGGGUUAUGUUGGUCUGUCUUUAGACCUGCUCACUGACGGAGGCGGAGCAGAUCUGUUUGUACCGCCACUAGAGGGCAACAAUCACGACUCACUUCCUUUUUCAGGCACUGAGACGUCCACGAACCUUCACCAGAAGCUUUACUUCCACGUGUUGGGGACCCCCCAGUCUGAGGACGUGCUCUGCGCCGAGUUCCCCGAUCACCCAAAGUGGAUGAGCGGAGCAGAGGUAAGAUCCACCGAUGUUCCUCUUUGAUAUAAACCUCUAAAUUUACCUUCAGACAGGUAAGAGGAAGUGAUGUCAUUCAUGCCGCAGGUAUCAGAUGACGGGCGCUACGUUCUGCUGUCGAUCAGGGAAGGUUGUGAUCCGGUCAACAGACUGUGGUACUGU